ACAAAUAUAGAACUUGACGAAGGAGGGUUAGUGUUGUGCUAAUUAUCACUAUGAAGGUUUUAUUUGCUUUGUUAAUGUUGACUGUAGUGACGCAAUGCCAGGAAGAAGUGAUAUUACGAAACGAUUUUGACAGUCCAGGUCCAGAUGGAACCUACCGAUGGGCGUUUCAGACAGAUGGUGGUAUAUACCACGAGCAGCGAGGGUCUCUCCAGCCAGCUGCCUCAGGAGUACCAGCUCUGGUUGUAGAAGGGCAGUACCAGUACACCGCUCCAGAUGCACAGUUGAUCCACGUAUUCUACCGAGCAGAUGAAAAUGGAUUCCAGCCAAAACUUAUUAAGCAAUGAUAGAUAACCGCCAUUUUUUGCAUCUGUGUAACUUUAGUUUGUUCUUUAUGUCAAAUGUCAAAAUGAAAGUCUGUAACCGUUUGAUUUCCAUAAAAACCGGUUCAUUAUUAUUUUGCUAUGUGAUAAUUAUCAUUAUUUAACUACAACCUGUAUCGCGGUACAUUGAAUAAAAGUAAUAAAAAACCUUCCAAGAGUAUUUAUAGGGAAUAUGGUUGUCCCUCCACAACUCAAAGACUACUUAUCGAAUGUUAAUCUUGCAACUGUAAUUAAAAUCGAGCGAUCGAUCGAAGCUUUGUAUGGCUUUUAGUUUUCAGGAAAUUUGUGAACCAAUAAUUGCAAAAUUUAGCACAUAUAGCUGGCAGGCUAAAUUGAAAUAUAACAUAUAUUGUACAAUGUACCGCGAUACAGGUUGUAGUUAAAUAAUGAUAAUUAUCACAUAGCAAAAUAAUAAUGAACCGGGUUUUAUAGUUCAAAUAUUGUCAAAUUCCAACUAUAGAUCAGUUACAAAUGCAGUUUUAAGCGCAAUACCGUGGAUAGAUUGUCUUUAAAUGAUUUGAUAUAAAAUGUAUUUACAUUAUAAAAUAUAUCUAAUAUUUUAUUGAAAUUGUAUGGCAAAGUAAUAUUUCCGCUUGUGAUGUCCAUACAAAUUGCAUGGGAGAACGGGUUUGGGGCCCCAGUACAAAAAAUAGCUAUAAUUGUUGUUAAGAAAUAAAUAUA